AUGUCUGAAGAGGAGAAGGAUUUGUUGGCUCGCAUCGGGCAACUCGCGGGCCAAAUCAACAGAUACAAAAGCCAACAAACCAUCGCUUUAGCCAGUCAACCGCCGAAUCAAUAUAGUAGACAUGCUUACCGGGGACGAGGCGCUUAUUCUCGAGGCUCCUACAGAGUCGGACGGCCGCAAAGUGGCCACCGCCAUCGCACGCUUCAUCUGAAUCAAGCACCACAGGCCUCCGAUUCGAACGAUUCCAGUCCGGGCCCAACGGCUGGUAACAGCUGCUGGGUAUCCAGGAACGACCGCCAUCGCCAGCUCAUCAACGCGAAUGUCUACGAGAAGGAGACAAACUCUCGUGCCAAAGCCAUUGAAGAGACGAGGAAAAAGAAGCUGCAAACUCGCAAGAAGCUCGAAAAGUCACGAUUCAACGACUUUCUGCGUCAUCAGGCCAACGCGGGCAACAUGACUGCUAAUCCUAAUUCAUCCGCAGCAAGAAACGAAAUAAUAAUUGAGGGCAUCCGGUUCCACGUAGUUGAAGGAGGCAAGAAGCUCGUCAAAUCCGCCGACGAUCGGCAUUCCGCCACGCCAAAGUCGACGUUGGUAGCCGGGGUCAGGUUCCAUCGGACGAAAACAGGCAAUCUCAUAGCAAAUAGAAUCGUCCAAGACCAACGACGAUCCGGUAUCUGCACAAAGACGUCGCAACCCUGCAAAACAUUCUCAACGACUGGUUCCUGUGGCAAAGGCCCGUACUGUCGAUACCAGCAUGACCCUGCCAAGGUGGCCGUCUGCAAGGACUUUCUGAAGGACGGCAAGUGUCCAAACGGCGAGUCUUGCGACCUCUCCCAUGAUGUAAAGGCGGAGCGCGUCCCGGAUUGUCUGCAUUAUGCAAAAGGCCACUGCACCAAACCCGACUGCCCAUAUACCCACUCCAAAGCUGCCCCUAGUUCCCCGGUCUGCGAGGCGUUUGGCUUCUACGGCUACUGUCCCGAGGGAAGCGACUGCAGCGCCCGCCAUGUGUUUGAGUGCCCCGACUUUAGCAACACGGGCGUCUGCAAGACCAAGGGAUGUAAACUUCUUCACCGUGAAAGAGCAAGCGUUCUUCGAAGCAAGAUAUUCCAGACCGAUGUGGCUGCAGAUGACGACGUCUCCAGCGAUGAGGAGACGACUGGCUCUGAUGACGUCGAUUCAGAUGACGUGGCAGAGUUGAUUGAUGCAGAGUCGGACGACUCUGAUUUUGAGAACCAACCCGAUUUUAUACGCCUCUAA